AAUUUCAGUUUCCAAACAUCUUAAAAGGGAACUCUAAAAAUUGAGAAUCGAAACUGACAGCAGAGAGACUGACUAGACGGCCAACCUGUUAAGGUGGCCCCAGACAUUCCAGCCUCAGCCCAGCGUCCUCCUGUGCCCCUACUGCAGCAAGGGGGUCUCCAAGAAGGGGGACCUGGAGUCAGCCCAUCACACCUAGUUUCCUCUCUGCUAGGAGCUUCAUCCCAUAGAGCACCGGAGGGCAGUUGAGGAGGAGCUGCCUUAAAAAAGGAGGUGUGUGCCAGGGAGCUAGGUAGGUGCCUGGCUAUAUAUCUGCCCGGCUAUAUAUUUGCCCAGCAGUGGUACUCUCGGGACAGAGAUGGCACUGCUGCAGGAACUGUACAGCACGCCAGCCUCCAGGCUGGACUCCUUCGUGGCUCAGUGGCUGCAGCCCCACCGGGAGUGGAAGGAGGAGGUUCUAGAUGCUGUGCGGACCGUGGAGGAGUUUCUGAGGCAGGAGCAUUUCCAGGGAAAGCGUGGGCUGGACCAGGAUGUGCAGGUGCUGAAGGUAAUCAAGGUGGGCUCCUUCGGGAAUGGCACGGUUCUCAGGAGCACCAGAGAGGUGGAGCUGGUGGCGUUUCUGAGCUGUUUCCACAGCUUCCAGGAGGUAGCUAAGCACCACCAAGAAGUUCUGAGGCUGAUACGGAAAACCAUGUGGCAAAGCCAGGACCUGCUGGCCCUCGGGCUCGAGGACCUGAGGGUGGAGCAGAGAGUCCCCAGUGCUCUUGUCCUCACCAUCCAGACCAGGGGGACUGCGGAGCCCAUCACGGUCACCAUCGUGCCUGCCUACAGAGCCCUGGGGCCUUCUCUUCCCAACUCCCAGCCACCCCCUGAGAUCUAUGUGAGCCUGAUCAAGGCCUGUGGUGGUCCUGGAAAUUUCUCCCCAUCCUUCAGCGAGCUGCAGAGAAAUUUCGUGAAACAUCGGCCAACUAAGCUGAAGAGCCUCCUGCGCCUGGUGAAACACUGGUACCAGCAGUAUGUGAAAGCCAGGUCCCCCAGGGCCAAUCUGCCCCCUCUCUAUGCUCUCGAACUUCUAACCAUCUAUGCCUGGGAAAUGGGUACUGAAGAAGAUGAGAAUUUCAUGUUGGACAAAGGCUUCACCACUGUGAUGGACCUGCUCCGGGAGUAUGACGUCAUCUGUAUCUACUGGACCAAGUACUACACACUCCAGAAUGCAAUCAUUGAGGAUUGUGUCAGACAACAGCUCAAAAAAGAGAGGCCCAUCAUCCUGGAUCCUGCUGACCCCACCCACAACGUGGCAGAAGGGUACAGAUGGGACAUCGUCGCUCAGAGGGCCUGCCAGUGCCUGAAACGGGUCUGUUGCUAUGACAACAGGGAGAACCCCGUCACCAGCUGGAACGUGAAGAGGGCACGAGACAUCCAUGUGACAGUGGAGCAGAGGGGUUACCCAGAUUUCAACCUCAUUGUGAACCCUUAUGAGCCCAUAAGGAAAGUUAAAGAGAAAACCCGGAGGACGAGGGGCUACUCUGGCCUGCAGCGUCUGUCCUUCCAGGUUCCUGGCAGUGAGAGGAAGCUUCUCAGCAACAGAUGCUCCUUAGCCCAACAUGGGAUCUUCUCCCACACUCACAUCUAUCUGCUGGAGACCAUCCCCCCCGAGAUCCAGGUCUUCGUGAAGAAUCCUGAUGGUGGGAGCCACGCCUAUGCCAUCGAUCCCAACAGCUUCGUCCUGGGUCUGAAGCAGCAGAUUGAAGACCAGCAGGGGCUUCCUAAGAAGCAGCAGCAGCUAGAAUUCCAAGGCCAAGUCCUGCAGGACUGGUUGGGUCUGGGGAGCUAUGGCAUCCAAGACAGUGACACUCUCAUCCUCUCUAAGAAGAAAGAGGGAGAGGCUCUGUUUCCAUCCAGUUAGUUUUCUCUGGGAAACUUCUGUGUACAUUUCUGCCAUCUACUCCAGAACUCAUCCUGUCAGUCACUCUGUCCCAUUGUCUACUGGGAAGGUCCCAGGUCUCACCAGCUUUAUAAUGAGUUAUCCCAGGCCGGACGUGGUAGCUCACACUUGUACUCCCAGAACUUUGGGGGGCUAAGGUGGGAGGAGCGCUUGAGCCAAGGAAUUCAAGACCAGCCUGGGUAUCAUAGGCAGACCCCAUCUCUACAAAAUAAAAAAUAAUUCACUGGGUGUGGUCGUGCACGUUUGUAGUCUCAGGUACUCGAGAAGCUGAGGCAGAAGAAUCGCUUGAGCCAGGAGGUUGAAGCUGCAGUGAGCUAUGAUCACGCCACUACACUCCUGCCCAGGCAGCAGAGCAAGACCCUGUGUCUAAAAACUAAAACAUAAAAAUAAGUAAAUCUGUUUAAAAAAAGAAUUAUCCCAGCCCUGCCAGGAGGAGGAAGAGGAGGGGUGUGAGAGACUAAAUAUACAAAUAGACAGUGGCCACAUGACGUACAACGACAGAACUCUGACCCACAACCUUCUUUAGCAAUCAACCCCAAACCAUCAGGGCAACAACUGGCAGCUUCUCUAAUUCCCCGCCCCCCGCCCCCACUCCCAUCCUGCUUCCUAUUUAUGACCAACCCAAGAAACCCAAAUAAGCUCCCCAGACCAAUCACAUGGUUAGCCCUGCUUCUGGUCAGUGCACUUCCAACUUCCCCAUACCAACAGCCUCAAUCAGGGUACCCCUGAAGCCUUCCCAUUUUCCUGCCUGUCUUUAAAUCUCUGUCAAAAGCAAGAGAUGGUGGCUGGUUCCUUUGCUACAGCAAGUUGAGAAUAAAUAGCCUUUGUUAGUUCUCA